UCCCUGGCACACGUGUCCAGCGCAGGUUGUUUGCAAAGGUUGGCCCCGCGCGGUGCCGGGCUCGGCUGCGCUCCGCUCAGUGCUUCAGCACCACACUCCGGGAGCAGGGACAGGAGAUCCACGCUGCAAUGCCGCUGCUGCACUUGCACCUCUGCUUCACCAGCGUGCUGUGCUGGCUGGCCCACGAGUCCAGCUCCUUGGUGCUGCCCAACGCCACCGAGCUCCUGUCCCCUCCUAGCAGCACAAGGACGGGUCCAGCCCCAGGUGCAGGGAUGCCCCGGAGCCGCCGCCGCCGGUACCUGUCCCCCCGUGACAUGAAUGCCAUCCUGGACUACCACAACCAGGUGCGGGCGCAGGUGUCCCCCCCCGCUGCCAACAUGGAGUACAUGGUGUGGGACGAGCGGCUGGCCAGGGUGGCGGAGGCGUGGGCUGCACGGUGCGUGUGGGAGCACGGCCCCCCCCAGCUGAUGAAGUAUGUGGGGCAGAACCUCUCCAUCCACUCGGGCAGGUACCGCUCCGUGGUGGACAUGGUGAGGUCGUGGCACCACGAGCAGCAGCACUAUUCCUUCCCACAUCCCCGCGAGUGCAACCCCCGCUGUCCCUCCAAGUGCAGCGGCUCUGUCUGCAGCCACUACACUCAGAUGGUGUGGGCCUCCUCCAACAGGCUGGGCUGUGCCCUGCAGGCCUGCAGCAACGUGCAUGUUUGGGGCAGCACGUGGCGCCGCGCCGUCCUGCUCGUCUGCAACUACGCCAUCAAGGGUAACUGGAUCGGGGAAGCACCGUACAAGAUGGGGAGGCCAUGCUCAGCCUGCCCGCCCGCCUACGGAGGGGUCUGCUCCAACAACAUGUGCUUCACAGGACUCAAAUCCAACCAAGUGAGCUGGUUUUAGGACGGCGGCAGCGCUCCACGUCCCCCCGCUGCACCCCAUGGGGAUGGGGGCAGCAGGACUAUUUAUGGCACCACGAUGCUUUUGUCCCCCCCAGCCCAGCCCUCCCUGUGCUGCUUUAGGCUUUAGGCAGGACACAGAGCCUGCUUUGGCCCCACUGCUGCCAUUCUGGGGGCUCUUUUUGGACACCCCCUGGGACCGCUGCUGUCUCCAGCUGCUUCACACCUGCGGGGCACUGGGGGUGCUGGGGGUACACGGGACUGGCGAGGCCCUGCUGCGCAGGGCUGGGUGGGAGCCAUGCAGUGACCAAACUGUCCCUUUGGGACAAGCGACUGGAACCCAGUGUGCCACCUCUGCACGUGCCCCCCCACCCAAUAAAGCAGUCUGGAGACCCAAGUGCUCAUGUCUG